CUAUGGAGAGGCCGCUAGGGCUCCUGUGGCAUAAAUGACGUUCGGAGAGAGCAAGCGAGCGCGCAGCCGGGAGAGCAGAGUCUCCUGCCUCCCCCCAGCUUGCAGCACCUCUCCCUCUCCUCACACAAACGCACACACGCUGACACAUACACACUCUCAUCCCCAAAUACACACAUCCAGAAGCGCACACUGCAUACACACUCCACACGCUCACACACUGCAUACACACUCCACACGCUCACACACCUCUCCGACAGAGCUUUUCGGUGCACAGCCGCGCCGGCGAACCCCGCCUCCGGCUCACAUUGUCACCCUGACAGGAGCAGCGGAAACUGCAGCGGGAAUAACAGAGGCUACGGCAGCGGCAGCAGCGGCGCGGCUGCAUUUUUCCCUGGGUUUAUUCCUUAUUCCCUGGCUCAGGAGCAGCAGGAGCCAGGGCGCCCGCUGAGCUCCUCCUCCGUGCUUUCCCAUGAGUUGGGAUCGCAGCAUCUCCUGCGAGUCCGCAGUCUCCGGGAGUUCCUCAGUUUGUACAAGUCAGCCCUUCCGGGACCUCGGCUACUACUCCCCCAUGAAGAUUUCGGGGCAGUCCUCUAUAAACUCGAUAUAAAGACGGAACCGCCACAGCAGUCAAACAAAAAUCUAGCCCAACACCACUGCAGCGUCGAAGUCGGAAGAUGUCACUCUUAAUGUCGAUUCCUUAGCGUCUGACUGGUUUCAUUGCCCAGCUGAAGACCCAGCUGGUCUCACUGUGAACUUUACUCUCUCCCCUGCGAUGCCUAAUUCUGACAGAACCCAGUUCGGAAGAGCGCCGCCAGCCCAGCGCCAGCUCUCAGACUGGAACCACUGACGACCACAGCAGCUUCACAGCUACCACCCCGUUGGGCCCAACGCCCCCUCCUCAGCCCCUGUCUGUAGCCUCCUCCGGAGAGACCACCAGCCCCAACAUUCAGCGCACAAGAUUCCCUCCAGAUAUGCCCUGCGUGCAAGCUCAAUAUAGUCCUUCGCCUCCUGGUUCUAGUUAUGCUGCGCAGACAUACGCUUAUGGCUCGGAAUACACCUCGGAGAUCAUGAACCCCGACUACACCAAACUGAAUAUGGACUUAAGCAGUACUGAAAUCACAGCCACAGCCACCACCUCCCUGCCCAGCUUCAGUACCUUCAUGGAGGGUUAUUCCGGGAGUUAUGAGUGUAAGCCCUCUUGUCUGUACCAAAUGCAGCCGUCGGGUCCCCGGCCCCAGAUCAAGAUGGAAGAUUCCCGGGGGCACAGUUAUCACCACCAUUCGUCCAUUCCGCCGCCUUCCUCCUCCUCAGAAGAGGAAGUGAUGCCCAGUACCUCUAUGUACUUUAAACCGUCUCCCCCUUCCACCCCAACCACGCCCAGCUUCCCCACGCCGCAAACGUCCAUGUGGGACGAGACACAUCAGCUGCAGGCCACCCAGACUUGCCUCGCAACAAGUCACCUGAUAAAUGCCCCAAUGAAAACUCGCUUCCCUCUGAUCCACUUCAAGCCCUCGCCACCUCAUCCUCCGACUCCCAGCCCAGUGGGAGGCCACCACCUCUGUUAUGAUCUCCUCUUAGGAGCCGCGGACCGGGCUGCUGCUAGUGGCCAGCCAGCCCCCAUGGAGGGCCACCCUUAUGGGCUGCCAAUAGCCAAGAGGCCUGCCCCCUUGGCUUUCCCCCAGCUGAGUCUGACACCUACUGCUGCUGCUGCCUCAGCCGGGUCCAGCCUGCUAGGAGAGAGUCCCAGCCUUCCUUCACCUCCCAGUAGGAGCUCCUCCUCCGGUGAGGGCACUUGUGCUGUGUGUGGGGACAACGCAGCGUGCCAGCACUACGGUGUGCGCACCUGCGAGGGCUGCAAGGGUUUCUUCAAGAGAACAGUGCAGAAAAAUGCAAAAUACGUUUGCCUGGCAAAUAAAAAUUGUCCAGUAGACAAAAGACGUCGAAACCGAUGUCAAUACUGUAGAUUUCAGAAGUGUCUCAAUGUCGGCAUGGUUAAAGAAGUUGUCCGUACUGAUAGUCUCAAAGGAAGGAGAGGUCGACUGCCUUCCAAACCAAAGAGCCCUUUACAGCAGGAACCUUCCCAGCCCUCUCCAUCUCCUCCUCCAAUCAGUGUGAUGAAUGCCCUUGUUCGAGCUUUAACGGAUUCAACUUCCAGAGACCUGGAUUAUUCCAGAUACUGUUCCGGUGAUCAGGCUGCGGCAGGCACUGAUGCAGAACAUGUACAACAAUUCUAUAAUCUUCUAACAGCCUCCAUAGAUGUAUCUAGGAGUUGGGCUGAAAAAAUUCCAGGAUUUACAGAUCUCCCUAAAGAAGAUCAAACUUUACUAAUAGAAUCUGCCUUUUUGGAGCUCUUUGUUCUCAGACUUUCCAUCAGAUCUAACACAGCUGAAGAUAAGUUUGUAUUCUGCAAUGGACUUGUGCUUCAUAGACUUCAGUGCCUUCGUGGAUUUGGGGAAUGGCUCGACUCAAUUAAAGACUUUUCCUUAAACUUACAGAGCCUUAACCUCGACAUCCCCGCCUUAGCAUGCUUAUCAGCUCUCAGUAUGAUCACAGCAGAAAGACAUGGGUUAAAAGAACCAAAGAAAGUGGAAGAGCUAUGCAACAAGAUUAGAAGUAGUCUGAACGAUCAUUUGGCAUUUGGCUGCCAGACUAAAGGACAACCUCUUGAGCCUACAGAACCUAAGGUACUGAGUGCCCUUGCUGACUUACGUUCUCUCUGCACAUUGGGACUCCAGCGUAUCUUUUACCUGAAACUGGAAGAUUUGGUUCCACCCCCUUCUAUCAUCGACAGGCUGUUUCUGGACACUCUACCCUUCUGAAUUUUGAAAUUAACCAACGGAUCACUACUGUUUUUCUGAGCAGAAAAGCAGAUUAUUAAUCACAGCUAGUAUUUUUGCCCUUGCUUAACAGAAAAGCAGGUUCAGUGUUUAAAAAAAAAAAAGGACUUAUUUACUGGCACAGUUCCUCAAAACCUUAUGCCAGAAGACAUAACUUCUUAUUGUGUUGGGUUGUGUUUUAUAGUCCUUUUUUGUGUGUGAUUUGUUGGGGUUUUCUAAGAAAUUGCUAAUAAAGCACUUUUGGACAAUGCUAUCCCAGCAGGAAAAAAAAAGUUAAUAUGACUGUUUUCAAUCUCUUUAUGGGAAAUAAAGUUGUAGAUGCUUUGUAUUUAAAACAAGAACAACAAACAGUUGUUUGCCAGGGUAGUAUGUGUCUUGUGAUUGAUACCUUUAGUAUAUACUUCCUGUAUCAAGGGCACAUAUGUGGUGCAAACUAAACAGAAGUUCAUUUUUUUAAAAAUUAUGUGAAAUUAAAGAUUUCAUAUAAUUCAAAUAGAGCAAAAAUAAUCAUGGCUGUUAGCUUCCACAUUCAAGUGCCAUUUUUAAAGUGCUGUCUUACUAAGUCUUGUUUAUUAACUAAUUUAUUUUAAUAAGGAAACUUUAAAAGAAGUUAAGUUUUUUUUUAAUUACAUGCACUAAUUUCUACAACAAAGGCUUCACCUAAUUGACCUAAAAUAUUAGACUGUGCUGUUCAGGCCAAGGUUUUUUAUCUGUCUUCAUGAUAGAGUUCAACCACUGCAUCACAGGUCUAUUUAUUUGCAAAACAGUCUAUUCAGCAGCCUGAGACCAAACACAUACAACUGAUUUGGAGCCAUUAUACUAACACAACCAGAGUUUCCCAGACUUGCAUUAGUGUAAUUUCUAAAGAACAUCUAUACUUGAAAAACAAAGGGACAUUUUGUGAUUCAUUUGAGCACUUGUUCCCUAGAUAAGGAAGUAAAUAUAAGUAGUAAUUGGAGCAUACAGGGUGAGCAUCAGGGAUAGUAAGUUUUGUUUUGGUUUUGUUUUUUAAUAUAAUUUAAUCUAGGUUUCAAAUUAGUUUUAAAAAGUAAAAAAAAAGAAAAAUAGAAAAAAAAAAUAGAAAAAAAUAGACCUGAGACAAUUUUUAAGAACAAGCAAGCCUUGUAAAAAUCGUAUGAAUGUAAAUGCUUAGGAAGGCAUAGUGAGCGGGCUGCGAUUAAACAUUCCGUGUUCGUAUUCCCUUUUUGUAUGUUUAUACUGUUGAUGCCAUAUUAAUGAGAUACUUUGUUGCAUAGUGUUCUUCUUUGUAUAAACGUUUGUAUGCAUGGUAUAUUGUUAUAGCUUUGCCUGUAUUUAUUACAGUGACUGCCAGCUCCUGGGAGCUGUGUUACAGAGUGAUCAAGUCGGGUGUUCACAGUGGCUUGGAUACACCAAUUAGAAAGCUAUAAAUAUAUAUAUAUAUAUACAUAGGACAAGUUAUAUAUACAUAUAUUUAUAAUGUGUCUUUUUAUUAAUUAACCAUUUGUAUAAUACAUGUCACUUAUACAUGCAGUUCUUUUAUGGUUUAUUUGCAGUGACUUUUAAGACAGUCCUUACUGUUUAGCACUUUGAUAUUACAAUCUUGCUCAUGUUUUGCUAAAUUCAAAUAAUAUUUGAAGAUUUUAAGCCUAAAAUUCUUUAUAUUAUAUGCACUAUAUCAAGUCAAAAUUUCUUUCAUCGUUUUGCUAAGGAACAAACUUUGAAUGUCAACCUAAUGUCACCGUAGCUUUUGUUAGCUUUAAACAAUUUUGGCUUUAUUCUUUUAAAGAAAAAAAAAAACUAUGUUGUUUAUAUGGAGAUUAAAUUAUACAAUCAAACAAAUGCCAAAUGAAUUGCCUAUUUGCUGCAAAGAGUAACCCGGAUGUCAAGUCAUUGUAUGAUUUGUCAUAAUCAUCUGAUAUUUUAAUCAUUUAUUAUGUUUGUAUUUACUUUAAUGAAAGAUUAUUAUCAAGACUUAUAGCAUGGUCAUUAGGAAAACAUACUUUUUAAUCAUUACAGUUAAUAUUCUCAACUUAUCUGAAGAUAACAUUUAGAAAAUAACUAUUGCUAUCUUCAGAUUGCCUGAAGAUAAAUCUCUAGGACAGUGUUGUUUUUUGCAUUCACUUUUAAGCUUAUAUGCAAACAUAAUAAACAUUAUUAAAUAUCAGGAAAGCUAAUGUUUCUUAGUGUCAGACUAAGUUUAAAAUGGAUUUGAAUGAAUUGGAAAGUUUUGCAUACACACAUUAUUAGUAUUCAGAGUGAAAUGCUAGUUUCAUAACCAUUUCAUACCAAUUGGGCUCACCAAAAGUAAAGGGCAAACAAGCUUUUCAGUUUGGGGUUCAGAUCCUGGUGCUGAGCUGAAUGUGGCCAGUAUGCUUCAGUCUUCCACAAUUAUUUUUACUUCAAUAUCCUAUGAACUCAUCUCGUUCAUCUUUAUUGAUAUUGACAGACUUGUUUGUGCAGAAUGAAUGAUCAAUGAGAGAUCACUAGGAAAAAAAAGACAGCAGAUGAUUCUUCCCCUUUUUAGAGCUCUCUCAGUGUGAACAUGCCUUCAGUAGGCUGAAAUCAGGAAUAUGCCAGCUGUUAAAGGAGAGUGCCUUGCUUUUCUUUCAGAGGACACAGAGUGUUUCAGAAGUUUCUCUGCUCUUUUAACAGCAGUGAUUUGUGUGCGUGUGUGUGUAUGUGUGUGCGCGCACGCACGUGUGUUUGUGUGUUUGUUAACCAAUAGAUUGAAAGAAAUGCUCUUGUAUAUUAACAGUGUAAAUUAAAAUUAUUAAAUCAAAUUACAUUUUA